AAGAAAACAUGUCUUUUGGUGACGAUUGACUAAUUGUUGUGUGCAGGUCAUUGGUGUGAUCUCCUUAGUUCUGAUAUUGGUAUCAGUAAAUGUGAAGAUAGCCAAUGGGGUGUACUAUGCUAUAAAUUGCCGAAAGCAUAGUGCAGUUUUGACAGAUUUUGGAACUCACCGGACAGAUGUGUAAUUACCGGUAACAAUGGUCUAAUUGAUGGGCAAGGAGCUUAUUGGUGGAACAAGUUCCAUCAGGGUCAAUUGACUCUCACUAGGCCAUACUUGAUUGAGACCAUGUACUCUGAUCAAAUCCAGAUAUCAUUUCUCACUUUGGUCAACUCCCCAACCUGGUUUGUCCACCCAGUUUAUAGCAGGUUUGACAAGGCUUCUUUGUUCAACUUUCUUAACAUCGGUGCAUUCUUUAUAGCAGGUUUGCCCAUGUUAUGGAAUCCCUAAAGAAAAGCAUGCCACCAAGCUUCUUAAGCAAAGAGAAUUGUGGAAAUCACAAGAAGAAUCAUUGUGAAGUGGCACAUGAACAAGGUUUCAUGGAGUUGCAAUUAAGCAAUACACCUGUUAGUGUCUAUGAUUCUCCAGGAAGAAUUUCAACAAGUGAUCCCUCAGAGGCAUAUAUCUCUCCUACUAGUGUGGAAAAGGCAAAACAGUUUGUUUCAAUGAUUGAUGACUGUGAAUCAUCAUCUACUGUAUAUUGUAAAGGCAUUUCAGUUAGGAUGAAGCAAAAUCCACCCUGCCCUGCUGAUUUCCAAAUUCACCGGGAGUUGGAAUCAAAAUCUUUCAGCUGCAGCUUUGAUGGAGAAUCAAAUUCGAGCUUUGAACUUUGUUUGCCUGACGAGGACAGUUUAAUUACACUUGACGAACUAUUCUUGAUGCCUGAUGCGGAAAAUUUGGUCAUGUUUGAUAGUUCCGUGUCUAGCAGCGCUGAAAGCAAUCUAAUUGAAGCUGAUGUGUUUAGCCCAAGCUCACCUCGUGAAAUGGUUGAGAAGCUAGUGGAAUUUAUACUCAAUGAUGAAAUUUCUACACCACAUGUGGAUAAUCCAAUAGUGCACCACGGAGCUGGAUUGGGGCGCUUUUCCCACUCUAUGCAUGCACAGCAAACUCCCCUAAAGUUCUGCUCCAAUCAGUUGAAUCCAGAGAGGGAUCCACAAGACCAUAAUAAAUUUCAAAGAAACUCCAUCGAUUCAGCCAUAUAUUCUUUUUUUUCCCACCCUUUCCCAUCCAACACAUUUUCUCAACCUUUCCCUCUUUAUCAUGACGAGCUGAAAAGGUUUGAUCAUGAAGUUAGUCAAUCAAUGCUCCAGCAGAUUAUAAAUCCAGGCAAACUUAAUCUCUGCUCAUUACAAAGUGGAGUAACACCGCAUCUGCCUGCACUCCAGAUGGCUUCUUGCACACAAGCUAAAUCCAAUGCAGACUCGUCUCUUUGCAUAUCAGGAACCAAGGAACUAUGGGGAUUUUGUAAAACCAAGUCCCGAUUUUCAGGGUGAUAGCAGCAUCAAUCCAGCUCAAGUUGAUAAUUUCAUUGAAGAGAAAUUGCGAGUAAGUCACUGGCACCCUUAUGUGCAAGGUUUCUGGUAGCAGACUUUUGACCACAACCAGGACUAGCUGAGGCAGAGAUGGAAUAGUAGUAGUAUGAACGAUGGAAAAUAGAUGACAAUUGGCUACCCAGAUUUUUCAUACUUUGUAGUGAAAUAGUUGUGAAGCUGUGUAAAUAGACCUCUCCUAGUUACAGUCAGAAUCAAAUAUAGUUAGUAGACGAUGUACAUGGAAAAUGAAAAUUUCAUAAUGCAUUUGUAAACAGCUGGCUAUAACAGGUACAAUACAUGAUCUCUUCGAACGUUA